ACCUUCUCUCUCCCUUCCACAAUUUCCAAAGUCUCAAACUUUGUCAAAUUCACCACUCUUGGUUCAUUCCAAACCCACCUCACUUGCUUUCAAUUCAGUAACCCACCAUCAUUCGACCAAGUGCUUUCUGUUGCACCCACAAGCUGGUGUUAGAUUGAAAGCAAAGGAAAAGCAGAACCUUGGAGUUGUACAAGCCUCAGAGGCUGCAUCGCCAAAGACGACGACGACGACGACAACAACAAAUGUCAAUAUUGCAGAAAGAUGGCUUCUUGAACCAGUUGGUCAGUUAAAUCUUCCUCCUCUAUAAAACCCAUCUCUACAAACUAGAGCCAACAACAAAUGCCCAUAUUGCAGAAAGAUGUCUUCUUGAACCAUUUGGUCAGUUAAAUCUUCCUCCUCUGUAGAACCCUCUCUACAAACUAGAGCCUCAGAGUAAUCCCUCUACAAUUUUCUGCUUUCUAUUAAACUAAGUUGCAUAGAAUGUGCUUGAAAUUAUGCAAAUAACCUCAUAGGAGAGUGUACUUGAAUAUGGAAAAUUGGAUUUUAUUUUUAUUGAUAUAAACCCUUUUUAGGUAGGGGUGGUGGGGAAUUGUACUAGCCUAUAUUUUAGAAGUAUGUAUCCAAUCUGGGAUGCAACAUGCACAAAUCUAAAGGCUUUAACAUGGAACAAAGAAAUUCAUGUUAGAAUUUCAUCCUGGGAUUCCUUUACGUUUCUUACUGUUAUUCACUAUUAGAGGAGUAAUAGAACUUGUAAAAAGAUGUUGUAAUGGUGAUACCCUUCAUAUAGAACAUUGAUAAUCCUAGUGAAAAAUUGGGAAUUCCUUGCCAGAACAACUUUGAGAUUUGCAUAGGAAAUAGAAGAUUUUGCAUAAAGGACAUUGGGCCAUAAUUUUAUUUGUUUGACAGGGUUUUCUAUUUGUUUGUAUUAGUUUAUUUGACUCUGGAGAGAGUAACAUUUUCACUUGUCUUAUGGAGUAAAAUUUUUCCUUUAGCUUAAGAAGCAUCUUUCCAUCUCUAAUUUCACCCAAACCAUCCCUUGAUUUCAUCCACCCAACUUUAAUCCUUUAAUUUACAUCUAUUGCUUUUAUCGCUUUGUGUGUUAGAUCAAAGACACCUAAUAUGUGACUUGUAGAAUAAAAUAAUCUGCAAUUUUUUUUCCCGAAGUCAGUGCUAGCUUGUGUCCUGUUGAAUACCCAUUCUUUAUACUCAGGUGCUAGUUUGAUGCAUGAGUGUUUAAUAUGCCUGAAUGUUCUAAGCUUCCAUAACAGCUUGAAGGCUAAAAGGUUGUCUUGUAGUAUGUCACAGAGAGACUCUUAGGUAGUCUUGUAGAAAUAUAACAAUCUUUGCUUCUUCUUUGAUCACAAACUUUUCAAGAGGUAGUUAAGCAUUAAAUAAGAUAUAAAUGGUUUAACUUAAUAAUUUGAUAGAGGGUAGUACGAAAUAGGAGUUUGGGAGGUUUAAGGUAAGAGGCCAACAAGAUCCAACAAUAGAUUAGAAUAGUUAUGACCCCUAAAUAUGCUCAGUUACUGAUAGGGCUAGUAGUCCAAAAUGCUGUCAACUACUCCACUGCUAGGCUUCCAAGUUGCUGGUAGCAUAAGUCUUCCUCAGACCCACAACUGCAGCACACGUCAAGAUAGUAAUAACCGUUUUAGACACCAUUCCAAUUUAAAUCAGAACCACAAGCACAUACUAUUUCUACAGUUCUUCCCUGACAGGGACACAAAAGACGCCAAUAAUCAAAAUUCAAGAACAAGAAAUUACUAUCAACACCAAGUAGACAAACAAGGAGAAUUCAAGAAAAAUAACAAGGCCAGCCUUUUCACAAACAUGUGGUGGGUAGAUGUGAAAGCAGCACUUAGCCAAAGAAUCAACUGGGAGGGCAUUCUAUGUUCAACUAUGGUGAUCUUAAAAGACCCAAAAUUGGCAAUGCCCCAUCUUUCUGUUCCUGAUAUAAGGUAUGUUGAUUGGGCUGAGCUGCGCAGAAAGGGAUUUAAGGGCGUUGUCUUUGACAAAGAUAAUACUAUUACAGUGCCUUACUCUUUGAAGCCUUGGCCUCCACUUGAGUCUUCUCUGGAGUGUUGUAAAUUGGAGUUUGGUGAUGAUAUUGCUGUGUUUAGUAACUCUGCUGGACUUCAUCAAUAUGACCAUGAUGGUUCAAAAGCUAGGAUGCUUGAAGGAGCAAUUGGAAUUAAAGUCAUCAAACAUAGGGUGAAGAAGCCAGCUGGUACAGCUGAAGAAAUUGAAAAGCAUUUUGGUUGUGAAGCUUCGCGAUUAAUUAUGGUGGGUGAUCGACCAUUCACUGACAUUGUUUAUGGCAAUCGGAAUGGGUUUCUAACUAUUUUGACAGAGCCAUUGAGUCUUGCUGAGGAGCCAUUUAUUGUUAAGCAGGUGAGGAAGCUAGAAAGUUCAUUUGUAAGGUACUGGUCCAGAAGAGGGUUGAAGCCACUUGACCAGAGGUUAUUGCCAGAUCCAAAGCUAUGUGUCAGAGAGCCAUAUCCUUCACAAGACUAAUCUCUAAACACUGUCCAAAUUUUUUAGUACCCUGAGUAAUGCAUACAUGUCAAUAUUUUUUAAAUAAUUAUUUUUCUUUUUUAUUUUCCCAAAUGGUAAACAUAUUCCCCACUUGUCUUA